AUGUUUUCAUAUAAAUAUAUACCAGUUUAAAACGAAUAGAAUUUAAAGCUUUAUAAAUACACUGGAUGUGAUAACUCCCUACUUUACAACUAUAUUCUUGGCCCUAUUGCAGAGCUUAUUUUAAAAAUCACUCCAGCUUGGAUUGCACCUAACACACUCACUCUUAUGGGAUUUCUAUGUGUUUUAAUUCCUCACUUGAUAUUAUGGUACAUGUUCCCUGAUAAACUUGAAGGUGAUGUCCCUCGUUGGUAUUGUCUUUUUGUAAGCUUAAUGCAUUUAGUUUACAUGAAUUUUGACAACCUUGAUGGCAAGCAAGCAAGAAAAACUGGAAAUUCAUCACCAAUGGGAUUGUUAUUUGAUCACGGUUGUGAUGCUAUGAUAGUUUUUGUACAAGGCAUUACUUUAGCAACAUGCAUGGGUUUUGGAAACAAUUACCUUGCUUAUCUAGUUUAUGCAUCAGGAGCUAUUCCUUUUUACAUUACUACCUUAGAAGAAUAUUAUACAGAUAUUAUGUAUCUUCCUUUAAUAAAUGGAGCUGCUGAAGGAUGUUUUGCUGUUGGUUUCUUUAUAUUUGUUUCUGGUUUAUAUGGUCCUGAAUUCUGGGGUGUUGACUUUUUGAUGGGAAUGAAUAGAAGAGAAUUUACUUUAUUUGUAAUUUUAGUUGCAGGUUUUGUUACAUGUUUAAACAUAUUUUAUAGAAUUUAUCUUAAGAAAGGAUGGAAUACUUUAGUUGAGGCUGUUUAAAAUACAGGCUUCAGUUUCUUCAUUCAUGGAGCUAUCACUUAUAUUUUCUUCUUUUCUCCAGCUAAUAUUGGAUACACUCAUACUAGACUUUUAAUGUAUGUUAGCGGUUUGCAUUGGUGCAAGAGUUGUUCAAUUUUAUAGAUGUGUCAUGUCUCAAGAUCUGAUUACUUUUAGUUUAGAAAAGCUUCAUUCCUUUUAUUCGUACCUCUCUUAGGUAAUACUAUUGCAGGAUAAAUUUUAGGAAGUGCUCCAGUUUGUGAAGUUCUUAUGUUGAAGAUUGUUUUGGUUCUUUCUUUAAUAGUAUAUUUCCAUAUGGUAAUUAGUUCCAUUAAUUAAUUCUGUGCCGCACUCAAUAUCAGAACAUUCUAUGUUAAACCUGUUGAUACUAAAAAGACAAGCUGA